AUGGUCAUGGUCAUCCUCAUCCUAGCCUUCCGGCUCUCCACUCUUCUCCUCCUCCUCCUCGCGGGCGGCCGGGUCGUGGUCGCCGCUGAGCCUGAUGCCUCCCCACCAGGCACCGAGGCGGCGGCGCUCCUGCGCCUCAAGGCGUCGUUCAAGGACCCGACCAACGCGCUAGAGGCGUGGUCACCGUUGUUGCCCCCGGCGCCGUGCAACGCCGCUAGACCUUGGCCUGGGGUGCAGUGCUACAAGGGCAGCCUCAUCGGCCUCCGGCUGGUGCACCUUAACCUCUCCGGCGCAUUCGACUUUGCUGCGCUCGCCAACCUACCGGGCCUGCACUCAAUCAACCUCAGGCGCAACGCCUUCGCAGGCCCGAUACCGGCGAGCCUCGCCACCGUCCGCAGCCUCCGUGCGCUGUAUCUGUCGCACAACGCCUUCACCGGCCCUAUCCCCGGCGACGUGUUUGCCAACAUGCGCUGGCUCAAGAAGCUCUACCUCGACAACAACGACCUGUCCGGCCCGCUGCCAGCGGCCGCCAUCGCCGGCGCGCCGCGCCUCAUCGAGCUCCACCUCGACCACAACAAGAUCGAGGGCGCCGUCCCCGAGCUCCUCCCCAAGUCUCUCCGGCUGUUCAACGUGUCGCACAACCGCCUCACGGGCGUGCUCCCGCGCUCUGUCGCCACGCGGUUCAACGAGUCGGCGUUUGCCGGUAACCCAACCCUGUGCGGGGCUCCAGGGAGCGACGCCAAGGCCUGCGCACCAGUGGCCGCACCGGUGGCCGCGCCGGCGCCCUCGUCGAUGCCGCCGAUGACGGCGGCGGACUACUUCGCCGUGGAGGACGAGACCAGCAUCGUCGUCGUGAUCGGUAUCAUCCUGCUCGUCAUCGCGCUGGUCUCCGGGGCGAUGGUCCUCAUGCUGCAGCAAGACGAGCAGCGGAACAGCGCGCCGCCGCCGGCGUACUACGACGCCCCUGUCGCCAGCGGCGGCAUCGCCCCCAAGCCGGCCGUGACAGCCGCGCCUCGCACCUCAGGGGUGGCGAUGGAAACAGGCGGGUCCAGCCGCGGCGGCAGCAGCAGCCAGGGCUCGGCACGUGGUGGUGCCGGCGGCAAGCGGAUGGACGAGUUCGUCCUGAUGAGCAAGUCGAGCGGCGAGUUCGGGCUGCAGGACAUGAUGAAGGCUUCGGCGGAGGUGCUCGGCAACGGCACACUCGGGUCCGCGUACAAGGCCGCCAUGCGAAACGGCAUCACCGUGGCCGUGAAGCGCAUGCGCGACAUGAACCGCGUCGGCCGCGAGGAGUUCGAGAACCACCUCCGCGUGCUCGGAGAGCUCCGCCACCCCAACGUGCUCGCUCCCCUCGGCUACCAUUACCGCAAGGAGGAGAAGCUCAUCGUCUCUGAGCUCAUGCCACGCGGCAGCCUCCUCUACGUCCUCCACGGGGACCAGAGCCCCAACAGGGUGGUGCUGGACUGGCCGACGCGGCUGAGGAUCGCCCUCGGCGUGGCGCGGGGCAUGGCAUACCUCCACGAGAAGCUGGGCAUGCCGACGAUGCGGUUCGUGAGCAUGGACGGCGCCGACUUCGAUGCGCCGCCCCCGCCGCCGCCUCACGGGAACCUCAAGUCCGGAAAUAUCCUCCUCGACGCCAACCUGGAGCCGCACAUCGCGGACUACGGCUUCUUCCCGCUCGUCAACGCGCCGCAGGCGCCUCAGGCCUUGUUCGCGUUCCGAUCGCCGGAGGCUGUCGCCGUGCUCCAGCAGCAACAGCGCGUGCCUGUUUCGGCCAGGUCCGACGUGUACUGCUUCGGCGUCGUGCUGCUCGAGCUCAUCACGGGGAGAUUCCCCUCGCAGUACCUCCUCAACGCGCGCGGUGGCACAGACGUCGUACACUGGGCGGCUGCGGCGGUGACCGAGGGCAGCGAGCACGAGGUCAUCGACCCCGUCAUCGCCGCGGCCGGCGGGGGCUCCGCCGUGCAGCUGGUGCGUAUCGCCGUUGAAUGCACCGACCCCGCGCCGGAGAGCCGGCCCAACAUGGCAGAGGUGGCGAGGAUGGUGGAAGAGGUCGCCAGCGCCUCCGGCGCGUCGUGACCACUGCUCGCCGGUGCAUGGGAUGGGAGGAGUGAUACGCGAUGCAAGUCUGCGCGUGCAUGUGUACUUCGAACGGAAUCAAAUCCCAGCCUUUGAUCAGAGGGAGGGUGAGUGUCAGAAUUGGCAAAGGCGAGGGGUAUGGUUAGUUGGGCUGCGUGUGAAUUCAAGGUCUGAAUUUGUAAAAACGGAUGAAAAUCAGGAGCAGAGGAUGAUCAUGCCACUCCAUGUCUCUAGUGACAUUAGGUAACAAUUUAUUCUAGUUGGAGGAUGGAAUCAACGGCCAUACUUUGUGUGAGUUUUCUAGACUCUGUUUUACCUUGUAUACAUGUCAUAAUAGGAUUAUGUAUUUGU